AAUCCCUCCCUAUAAAUAUUAUAUAUUAAUCACACCAAAAGUUCCAUAAUUUCAAAAUAAACAUUCCCAAAAAAAAAAUCUCAAGAAUGGAGAAGCUAAGUAGAACUAUUUUCUUCAUAAUUUUCUACUUAUUCAUUUCCACACCAAAUGCAAACGCAAGAAAUCUAGGCGUCGAAAAAGUUGCGAGGCUUCAUGUCUACGUGCACGAUUUCCGCGCCGGCGGCCCCAGCGCGACGGUGUUCACCGUCGCGAACGCCUCCAUCACCGCCACCUCCCCCACGGGGUUCGGCGCCGUCCGCGUCGUGGACGACCUCGUGACGGCGGGGAGGGAUAUCAAGUCGGCGGCCGUGGGCAGAGUGCAGGGGCUCACCACGUCGGCCGACUUGAAGGUGAGCGCCGUCGCGGUCAACUUCAACUUCGUCUUCACGUCGGGGAAGUACAAUGGGAGCACGGUGAGCAUCGCCGGGAGGAACGAGUUCCAGCUGGCGGCGCGUGAGCUGCCGGUGAUCGGAGGCACGGGCCUUUUCCGGCUGGCUCGUGGCUACGCUAUCACUAGCAGUUACUCUUUUGAUGUGCCCACAAAUUAUGCUGUGCUUGAAUAUAAGAUUUAUGUGGUUUAUUCUAAAGUUCAAUUCUAGGGUUUUUUAAUGUUGUAAUAAGUGUUUGUGUGAUAAUUUAUUUUGAUGCAUUAUUAUGGAUA